AUGUCCGGCGCCGAGGAGGCCGGCGGGGGUGGCCCGGCCGCGGGGCCCGCGGGUGCCGUGCCGGCGGGGGUCGGGGUCGGGGCAGGGCCCGGGGCGGCCGCGGGGCCGGCCGCGGCGGCGGCGCUAGGCGAGGCGGCGGGGCCUGGGCUCCCGGACGAGGCGGGCCUGGCAGGCGCCCGGCAGCUGCAGGAGGCGGCCGGCGACCCCGACGCGCCGCCCAAGAAGCGGCUGCGGGCGGCCGAGGCGGCCGAGGCGGCGGCGGCGGCGGCGGCGGCCGGCAGCGGGAAGCUGGAGGAGCGGCUCUACUCGGUGCUGUGCUGCACCGUGUGCCUGGACCUGCCCAAGGCCUCCGUGUACCAGUGUACUAACGGUCACUUGAUGUGCGCUGGCUGUUUUAUCCACCUACUAGCAGAUGCCCGGCUGAAGGAGGAGCAGGCCACAUGCCCCAACUGUCGUUGUGAGAUCAGUAAGAGCCUCUGCUGCCGGAACCUGGCUGUGGAGAAAGCCGUGAGCGAGCUGCCCUCAGAGUGUGGCUUCUGCCUGCGCCAGUUUCCCCGCUCCCUCCUUGAGAGGCACCAGAAGGAGGAAUGCCAGGACAGGGUGACUCAGUGCAAGUACAAGCGCAUCGGCUGCCCGUGGCACGGCCCCUUCCACGAGCUGACGGUGCACGAGGCUGCCUGCGCCCACCCAACCAAGACAGGCAACGAGCUGAUGGAGAUCCUGGAUGAGAUGGACCAGAGCCACCGCAAGGAGAUGCAGCUCUACAACAGCAUCUUCAGCCUGCUUAGCUUCGAGAAGAUCGGCUACACAGAGGUCCAGUUCCGGCCCUACCGCACAGAUGACUUCAUCACACGCCUGUACUAUGAGACACCGAGGUUCACGGUGCUCAACCAGACGUGGGUCCUGAAGGCUCGUGUGAAUGACUCGGAGCGCAACCCCAACCUGUCGUGCAAGCGCACGCUCUCCUUCCAGCUCCUCCUCAAGAGCAAGGUCACAGCACCCCUGGAGUGCUCCUUCCUGCUGCUCAAGGGCCCCUAUGAUGACGUGCGGAUCAGUCCUGUCAUCUACCACUUUGUCUUCACCAAUGAGAGCAAUGAGACUGACUAUGUGCCGCUGCCCAUCAUCGACUCUGUGGAGUGCAACAAGCUGCUGGCUGCCAAGAACAUCAACCUGCGGCUCUUCCUGUUCCAGAUACAGAAGUAGGAUGGGGCCCUGGGAUGCCUGCAGAGCAGAUGGGCAGCAGCCUGGCCACCGCCCUGUCUCCCAUGUCCACCUUGGUGCGGUAGCGGCUUCACACGACCAUGCAACCAUCUUAGCAAAGGAGAAGAAACAAAACCAAACACUGGGAAAGUCUGCAUGCGUGUGCGACAGGGUCCCCUCCUCCGCACGCCCCCUCCACCCCUGCCUACCCUCCUCCCAGGGGCAGCUGGAGGCUGGGCUGACCCGCCGAGGAAACUGCGCUGGGCACCCCGCAGGCUCAGGGAUGGCAGUGGUAUGGAGGCAGGAAGCACAGUGGCCCCUGGCCGGCCUGUCACACAGCGAGGCGGCGCUGCCUGCCCUGGUUCCAUGCACGGCUCCUGGGCCGGGCUCAGGGCCUUGCCGACUCCAGACGUCAUAUUUGAUUGCAAUUAAAAAGGCAGCCUUGUUUCCUACUUUCUGUUUUGUUCGAGGGGAAGGUGCGGCUGUGAGUGGACAGCAUGGGAGCUGUGGUUUGGCCCGGGGGUCAGCCUGCCCUGUCCCUGUCACUGCACCUGCUCGUCUCCCCCAGGAGAGACUCAGAGACACCACGUUUCCCCCACACACUGUCCCAGGGGUCUCGAGACUGAGGCCUAGGCAGGGAGAGCCAGGCAGAGUUAGGGCUCUCCUAGCCGCCUGGUGACUCCCGGGGAGACAGGACUCAGCCACCAGGGCUCAGCAGAUGUUUUCGGAAUGCAGGGUGAAAUUCUGUCUCUUCCCAGAAAAAAAAUUAAACUCUUUACAGGCUCUUCUAUAAGCUAUGUGAUUUUAGCAAGAGAGAAUCUGUCUAUUCAGCCUCACGUGCUCAGCGUCCCCAGUCUAUGCAGAAAGCUCUGGGGGCCACUGGCUGUGAGAGCCUCACUGGGUGAGGAUCAAGUGGGCAACUGUCCCAUGCUGCUGUCAGGGACCAGCUGCUGCUCCUGCGUCUAGGGCCUGAAGGUGGCGUGCCCUUCCCCGCCUUCGUGUGGCUGCCCUCUUGUGCUGUGGGUGGUGUCUGAGCAGGGACAGUGUUUGGACCUCACAGGGUGAGAAGGAGCCCUGCCUGGAGGGCCUGGGACCUCAGCACUACUAGCAAGGGUAGAGCUUUUCCUCACACCCCCCUACUUUUGCUUAGGAGAUGUGGCUCUCCUGCGAUAGCUUUUCGUUGCUUCAGUACCAAAGAACUGGUUUCCUCAGCCCCAGCGAGGCCCACCACAUGCCUCAGAGCAGCCCCACCCGCCCCCUGCAGGCUGCCUGGGCCUGGCCCCCCAUUGCCCUGUGCCCUGCUGCCGAUCUCUGGGGCUCUGCCCACCCCAUGGGGUAGAUAACAGCCCCUUCUGCAUUCCUAAGAGUGGCCCUCGGGGUCAGUUCUCCUCUCCAGGGCAGCCUUUCUGCCCCCUCACAGGCUAAACAUUUCUCAGAGCUCUUUCUGAGAAUCCUGCUGGGAUUCUUUCUCCCAGCCGAGGAUGUGGAGCUUUGGGGGACUCCCUUGUGGGAGGAGCCUCCUUUCCUUCUAAGCAGACAUGGCUUGGUGUCUGAGGGGACGGGAAGACUCCAGGUUUGGUUUUCUGUUUGCUACAAAGAAACACCCCACCCCAGCUCUCAGCACAUCCUUGGGAGUAGUGGCUUCCGACUCAGGUACAACCAGGGUGAAUCCCACAGCCCUCAGGGCCACUCCCCCACACACCCAGCUGGGCAGGCCAGAGGACAGCCAUGGGAUCUUGUGUGUGCGUGGGGAGGAGCUGUGGUACCACAUCCCUACGACCCUGCAUCUCUGGAGGACAGCACCCACCCUCUCGGGAAGUGUUUCUGGAUUUGAAGGUGGUGUUGUGAGAGACGAGCAGGCCCUGUCCACCUGUCUUUGGGUGAUUGAGCAGAGGGACAGGCCCCAUCAGUUCUCCUGGGUGGAGCAGAAUGAGAGGCUGGGAUGACAGCCUGGGGGAGCUGUGCUUUUUGGGUCCCGGAGAUGGAGGUGAUGUACACUGUGGCUGCCAGAGGGCGGUGGGCUGGGGGGCCCCAAGGAGGAAGGAGACCUGAGCUGGCUGAACUGGAGGCCUGGCCUCAGUUCUGGGCAGGCAGCCCUGGGUGUGGAGUGAAAGACAGGAGCAUGGGGGCAAAGACCUCUGUAGAGGUGUGUGCGUCUGGGGGUGCCGGGAGGACUGCUAAUGCAUCCCAGCACGGCCCUGCCCCGUGGCCCUCACACGCAGCAGCUGAGCCUUACAAUCUGGGGGAACCACAUGGCAAGAAUAAGCUGGGAUGGGUGCCAAAUGCCCCUUGCAGCUGUGCCACUGUGGGCCGCUUAUUACUGGGGGCACCGCAUCCAAUGGUUUGUCCCCAGGAUCCCUUGUCAUCUCAGUGCCUCAACCUGGUCCUUUAUUUGUCAUCUCUGAGGAUGGUCCGGAGGGUGGGGGUCCAGCCUCAGCAGAUGGAAGGGAGGCCUGGGGCAUAGGUCCUACACUUCUCUCCCCGUCUCACCCCCAUCCCCUGUGAGCACCAUAUCCCUCAGUUUGCCCAAAGU